AAAUAAAAAUAUUUCAAAUUUUUGCAAUGCUGUUUCCUUCAUCGGCGAAAAUUGCGAAAGUUAGUUUGUUAAGUUGUAGCAAUUUAAAUCUUCGAUUUACAAGAAUGGCAUCGAAUCAAAAGUGGAGUGUUGAGAAAAGCCGUAUUCUUGGCUUACCGACAGAAGAAAAAAGAAAACUCUACAAGUCUGACUUUAUCACGCUCGACAAAGUUGAAACUUGGUCACAAUAUUUUGAUUUAAACAAGGGCAUUGCGGACAAAAAACCGACGGAUGAUGAUCUUAACGAGUUCAGAAAGAUAACCUUAGAUUCGGGAAAAAACAAGGAGCUGAGUCAGAAAGUGUCUAUAUUCAAAGGAGACAUUACAAAGCUAGAAGUUGAUGCUAUAAUAAAUGCUGCGAAUUCUCGUCUGAAAGCCGGAGGUGGUGUUGAUGGAGCAAUACAUAGGGCUGCUGGGCCAUUGCUACAGGAUGAAUGCAACUCCAUUGGUGGUUGUCCUACAGGGGAAGCAAGGAUUACUGGAGCAUACAAUUUGCCAGCAAAAUAUGUCAUCCACACAGUGGGACCUCAAAAUGGCUCUGCGCCAAACCUGAAAUCCUGCUAUGAGAACAGUUUGACUCUCCAGAAGGAAAACAAGCUGAAAUCUAUCGCUUUCCCUUGCAUUUCUACCGGAAUUUAUGGUUUUCCUAAUCGCCUAGCAGCACACAUUGCAUUGCAAUCAGCCAGGAAAUAUUUGGAAAGUAAUGAUUUAGACAGAAUCAUCUUCUGUACUUUCAUGCCUGUCGAUGUUGAUAUCUAUGAAACGUUAAUGCAAAUAUACUUUCCUACUAACUAAUGUAUGAGUAAAAUAUAAGACAGACUCUGGUUGUAAGUUUUGUUUAAAGUUUUUUAAUAAUAUACCUUGGUUUGAUAA